AUUUCAGUUGCUAACUUGAUCUGAUUCAGUCAUGACGGUCACCUACACAGCUAACGUCGCCACCUCAAGGUUUAUUAGUAACUUUUUGCGCUUAUUAUUCAGAUGGCGCGGCAGUAUUUACAAGUUGGUCUGGCUUGAUUUGCUUGUGUUCCUAUUCUUGUAUCUCUUAUUGGCAGUAUGCUAUCGAACGGCAAUGAGCGACACGGCACGCUGUGGCUUUGAGGCCGUAGUUUUAUAUUGUAAUAGCCAUGCCACACUCAUACCGUUGUCAUUUGUGCUGGGCUUCUUUGUGUCGAUUGUAAUGAAUCGUUGGUGGGCUCAGUAUACGACAAUACCGUGGCCGGAUUCGAUAGCGACGCUCGUUAGCUCCAGCGUGCAUGGCUUCGAUGACCGUGCUCGGGCCAUGCGGCGCACAAUCCUGCGCUAUGUGUGUCUGUGUCAAGUGAUCGUGUUCACAAUGAUAUCGCCCAGUGUGAAGAUGCGUUUCCCCACCUAUGAUCAAAUCAUUGACGCGGGUCUGCUGCAGCAGAACGAGAAGGAUAUCAUUGAGACGCUGAAUCUUCAAUUUCCGUACUAUCCGAAGCACUGGAUGCCGAUUGUCUGGGCCGCCAGCAUUGUGAUGCGUGCCCGUAGAGAGAAUAAGAUACGGGAUGAUUAUGCGGUCAAAACGAUUAUCGAUGAGCUGAAUCGCUUUCGAGGCUUGUGUGGAUUCCUGCUGUACUACGAUUGGGUCAGCGUGCCUCUAGUUUACACUCAGGUGGUCACACUGGCCACAUAUACGUUCUUCUUAUGCAGAGUCAUUGGCCAGCAGUGGAUAGACAAUCCGCAUAGUCGCACCGCCGGCAAUAGGAUCGAUCAGUACUUUCCCAUAAUGACAAUUCUAGAGUUUUUCUUCUACAUGGGCUGGCUGAAGGUAGCCGAGUCCUUGAUUAAUCCCUUUGGCGAUGAUGAUGAUGACUUCGAGCUCAAUUGGAUGAUUGAUCGUAAUCUGACCGUUUCCUAUUUGAUUGUGGAUGAAAUGCAUCAGGAGCAUCCGGAGCUGCUCAAGGAUCAGUACUGGGAUGAAGUGUUUCCCAAUGAGCUACCAUAUGCCGACGAGUCACAGCGGGCAGCACCACCGGAGCAUUCCACGGCCAGAUUGGUUCAAUCGAAAUCUGGGCGCAGUAACAUACCAUCUGUAAGGUCGUCUGAAUCCUAUAAGCCGGGAGCGGCGUAUUUUAUGCCACACUCGAGUGGUGUAACUACUCACACCAGUUCCAUGAACUGGUCCACCUCAGGCAUAACAUUCGGCGACGAUAUCGGCGACUCGUUAUUUAGACACAAACGUUUCGAGCGAUCGAGACGCAGGCAUGAAUCCGACGAGAGACACAGCAGUACUAGUUUGAACUUUGAAGAGCUGAUCGAGCAGCGCAACCGUGAGAGACGUGAAAGGUUGCGUCAUCGUUUCCUCAAUAUGCGCAACAAUCAGAGACCUUCUUCGACCGGACGUUAUGUCGUUACGGUCUUACGUCCGCCAUCGCCGCGUAGCAGUCAGCAUUCCAAUGCAGCGGAGGAGGUGGAGGAGGAGGAGGAGGAAGUGAUGGAGCCAGAGACAGAUGUGCCCAAUAAUAAGCCAGAUAAAUAUGAUUAAAAUGUGGCAACAAUUUUUGAGCAUUUACUUACCAAAUGGUCAACUAUUAAAGAGCUUUUGGACGUUCAGAAUAU